AUGAAUGGAACUUCACUGAUUUUAACAGAUCGACAGCAACAAGCACUAAACCAAGCAAUUUUACAGUACCUCAAACCCAUCUGUUCCAAUUCAGAUAACGAUGCCAUCCACACACAGCUAUCACAACUUCUACUCCCUACAUCCCACGAGGCACGAGACGAGGAGCAAAUCGUAGAUCGGUUUCUCGAAAAGAAAUGGUCAACAGUAUUGCGACUACAAAAGAAGAUUAUCGAUUUGGAAAAUGAAAUCACCAAUAUACGAAGCAUUAUCGAUACAGAUGCAAUCCAACAACAACAACAACAACAACAGCCUACCUCGAGCAAAGAUAGGCUAAAUUGGCUCCCAAUGACAUCGAUCCAGACUUUUGAAACGCAGUCCGUUAUAACUUCAGUCCAGCUUCACCCGGUGCUACCUCUAGUCUAUUGCUGUUGUUCAGAUGGGUCGAUAUACGUGUGGAACUUUGCUUCGGAUGAAAACUCGCUCCCUGAAAAGAUCAUCAAGGCCCACACAAAGAGCGCCAAUCAACUAGCGAUAUCUUGGAACCCCGUCGAGCUCACCCCUGGUGCCGCUGCCGCCGCCAUUGCCACCACCGCGGGAGCAACUCAGGAUCGACAAUUUCUCCUCGCGUCAUGUUCAUCCGAUCUCACCAUCCGAAUAUACGACGCCACGACCUAUCAGCACUUGCGCACGUUGCGAGGCCACGAACACACCAUAUCGUCGCUUGCGUUCCUGCCGGCAAAUGACCUCCUAUACAGUGUUUCACGCGACAAGACCAUACGAACAUGGAAUGUCCGCGACGGCACAUGUUUGAAGAGCAGCGUGGGGCACAGCGAUUGGGUGCGAGAUUUAGACGUGGUGAGCUCUCUCCGCGAUGGAGAUUUCCUAGUGACAUGCUCCAAUGACCAAAGUGCUAGAUUGACGCAUGCGCCCUCGGGAACAGGUAUCGCGAUGCUCAUUUCGCAUACCCACGUUAUCGAAUCGGUCAGGUUCCUCCCCACGAUAUCGAACCACAUAUUGGAUACCUACAUAUCCAACAACUUGGAUCUUUUCCCUACACUCCCGCGCGACUUGAUCAAAGAUGAUGUAUAUAACAAACUAGGCUACAAGUAUUGCGUCACCGCGAGUCGAGAUAACACGCUCAAGAUCUGGCUUUUGCCACCGCCGCAAUUCAUCCAGGGUAGACCGCCGCUUCCUUCCAAGUACAACCAAUCCCAAGCAUGGCUCAUGGCUACGUUAACAGGCCAUCAAUCCUGGGUUAAAUCAGUAGUUGUACACCCCAACGGUAAAUAUAUUUUCAGUGGAAGUGACGACAAGACGAUCAAAGUGUGGGACUUGAGUGGAUUGAACUUGACGAGCAGAGUCGGGUGCGUUCGAACGUUGCUGGGACACGAUGGGUUCUUAACUGGGUUAGACUUCGCUAGACUUACAAAACGGAGGAAAACUGCCGAGAUGAAUGGCAAUGUCGUCGUUGCGAAUGGACUGAAGCGUCCACAAGAAGAUGACACGGAGAUGAGGUUGAAGGAAGUCGAGAUUAGGUUGAGGUGUGUCUUUGUUAGUUGUGCUACUGACAACCUCGUCAAGAUAUGGAAGUGA